UCAACUGUUAGCAUCAGUCCUAGAAAAAUAGUUCAGUCGAAAAAAAAGUUGUAGGAAGAGUAGCCGAAAACGUAGUCAAAAAAAAAAAAUAGGACGAAAAGGGAAAAAUUGUUUCGGUUUUUUUAAUGGACGUUAAAAAUUGGAUUAACAAACAGUGAAAAAGUGUAUAGUUGUGAUUAUUUUUUUUUCUCGUGAACUUGUGCAGGUGAAGAGAAAAAAAAAAGACAAAAUGUCACGAAGCUUCCUGGUGGAUUCGUUGAUUGGGAAUAAUUCGCCGCCAAAUUAUCCCCUGCCUUAUUAUACGGGCAAUCAACUGCCCAACUAUAUGUUCAAUUUAUUUAAUCUCGGUCUUGGAUAUCAUCCGGUUAGACCUGUGCCGAGACCGCCAACUUUGCCGGUUGUUCCCGUGCCAAUCUGCAAUCCUCAAACUAUUGUUGGACUUCCGAUGACCGGACAGAGUCCGCCUUCGCCUAUUAAUUCCUCCAGAUUAUCAGAUUUCUCAGCCUCGAAUACAUCGCCAUCACGUCAAAGCAAUUCGCCAACUCCACCGCCAAAAUCUCCAAAUUCCAUUAACAAUAGUUCGAAACGAAUUAGAACCGCAUUCACCAGCACUCAACUACUUGAACUCGAAAGAGAAUUUUCCUCCAACAUGUAUCUGUCACGUCUGAGACGCAUUGAAAUUGCCACAAAUUUACGUCUCUCCGAGAAGCAAGUGAAAAUAUGGUUUCAAAAUCGUCGCGUCAAAUACAAGAAAGAAGAUCUACCAUCCGGUCAAUCUCAAAAAUGCUGCUGCCUAAGAACAUGCGGCAAGAAGAAGGACGGUUGCAUGGAGGAAAAUCAAAAAUGUGAAAGCGCUGAUUUAGAGCUGCAAAAACGUGACGACGAUGAUUAUGAGGAGGCGGAUGUCGCCGAAGACGAAGACGACGAUGGUAUUAGCGUUGAAUCGGAUAAAUUGAGUGUCAAUAAGAAGGAGGGAAUAAGAAGAAAUUCGAUCGAAGAUUCAAAGAGCAUCAUUCCAAAUAGUAAUGCCGCCGCCGCUGCUGCUGCUGUUAUUGAGGGUACGGAAUUUUCUUCAAUGGGUCGUAUUUCCUUUGCCGAGGAGUUUCCACUCACUAAUUCACCGACAUCGCCAAUUGUACAACUUGAUGCAAAGUCCAAUUGGCAUCCUUUUCGGUAUCCGCUCGUUUCAAACUCCUUGAAUCAAGUUGAUGAUCAUUCUAGUGGUCGGGGAUGUAAGAGAACUUUGGAUUGCUAUCAGGAAUUAACGCCCGCUGAGAAGAGGAAAAGAAUUGAUUCACCUGCUUCCUAUUCAACUGUUCUCAUGCAAACUACUAUUGCACCACCGCCAAUUUUCACGGCAAUGGCGUGCACUAAACAUACGGUUGAAAAUAUUGUCAAUUCUUAGAAUUGUUGUUUGGCAUUUUCAAUUUUUAGAAGGGGAGAAAAAGUUUAAAUUACAAAAGAAGGAAUAAAUUUCAAUUGCAGAAG